AUGGAAGUGCUCUGCCACGGAGGGGUUACCCCCUCUGUCCCUUCAUCAACCCCUCUACCACGAUUUGAAGUGUGUCUCACCACCCUUCAUGAAUGUAUCCGCCAAAUUGACCGAACCGCACAUCUCCGAUCUUCCCUCCCUCGCCCCGCGAUAAAUAAGUUCUGUUUCGAUCAUAUUCAAUGUCAGUCGAUAUUUUUUACACGUUCGAAAUUAUUACUUAAUGUUCAAAUAACAUUUUUCUUUUCCUUUUUAAAUACGAUUUCGGUAAUUCUACUUUUCAAAUACGAGAGCCUCGUGCGCAUGAAAUUUUCAAACAUUACAAUCUAAAUGCUUGAAUGCUAACUUCCUAAUUGUUUUUAAGAACAGUGAAUACUUACUAACUCUUAAUAGCUAAAUAUCCAACUUAUCACAUUUCUCAUUACAUUUUCUAAAAGAUAGAUUUUACGUAUCAAUUUUACGUCGCUAAGUAAAUGUGCAAAGGUGGACUAUAGAUUUAAAUAUAAGGCUAUUAUAUGUGCUCUUUGAAACAGUUAUUAUUAACUUAGAACAACGACGAGUACAAAUAUUCAAAUAUAGAGUAAAUAGGCAUGUUAUAACAGUUUUCUACACUUCAGUAUUCUCAGGGUCUCCGGCUAAUGACAGAUUUACUCGUGCUAUGAGCAAGCGUUAAUCGGAGGUUAGUGCUGCAACAUCCUAACUACAGGGUACUACUAUUAAUAAACGCGACCACGUCGCGACCACCUGCCCUCGCAGUGCGUAUACGUCAGGAACCACUUGACAACGACAACCUGUCGGAUCGUCCCGGUACACUCUCCGUUUCUCAAUAUAUCACUAGCAAAAAAGAAUUGCCCAGAGAAGUAAAAGUUGCGCUGGCAAACGAUGUAUGCGAGAAACAGAGAGAGCAACGCCCUGCCAUCAUGGCUGCUUAUGAACCGGCGUUUAUCCCCGAUCUUUUUCGCCGGUACACCCCUGUUUUAGAAUGGAAUCGUCCAGCCGGCUUCCCCCACUACUUCGAUUCACAGCUCUUGCCAUAUAUGGGCAUAAAACGAAAGCGGCUCGCUGAUUGGUCGGUUGGCCGGCUGCCGGCUAGAUUCUCCAAAUGCCGCUUCAAACUGUACGAUACGGGGAGCAUAAUGCCUUCUGGAAGCGUACACUAG